CCUCCCCCCAAGGGUGUUCUUUGACAUCACCACAUCGAUCUCUCUUCCAACAACACCCUCUCCUUCUUAUUCAAGCUUCAUUUCGCUUUUGCCUUGAUUUCUCUGGCAUAUGCGACCUUGAUUUUGCGCUCCAUACCGAACUCCUCUCUCGCGCCCGGUCUCUCACUGUUGCCAGCAAGCUUUGCUUGCACGAGGCUAUCAAGAUGGCCGAGAAGAUUGCGAUUGACAAGAACACCUUCUUCAACCAUCUGUCGAACUUCUAUGCAUCAUGGAAGGCUGACAAGCGCUCGGGAAAUACCCUCUUUGGUGGCGCCGGAUCGAUCGUGAUCCUCAUGGGCAAGACCAAGAGCGAUGAGAGCUCCUUCCAAAAGAACAAUGCUAUGCACUUCUGGCUCCUUGGCUACGAGUUUCCUGCUACCCUCUUCGUCCUGACAACCGAGGCGAUUUAUGUGGUUACAACGGCUAAGAAAGCUGAGCUCCUCGAGCCACUGAAAGGUGGAAAGAUCCCGGUCGAGCUUCUCGUGACCACCAAGGAGCCGGAAUCGAAGACAAAGGCAUUCGAAAAGUGUCUCGAAGUUAUCAAGGGCGCUGGAAAGAAAGUCGGCACCCUACCUAAAGAUACAACGACCGGUCCCUUCGCCGACGAUUGGAAGCGCGCAUUCUCAGAGGUGUCCAAGGAAGUUGAGGAAGUGGACAUCACACCGGCGCUCUCUAGCGCCUUUGCGAUCAAGGAUCCAGAAGAGCUGGUUUCUAUUCGGAAUGCGUCCAGAGCCUGCAGUGGCUUGAUGUCGUCGUACUUCGUGGAAGAGAUGUCACGUCUUCUCGACGAAGAAAAGCAAAUCACUCACAAGGCUCUCGCGGCCAAGGUGGACGCCAAAAUCGACGACUCCAAAUUCUUCAACAAGCUGGCACGGCUGCCGUCAGAAUUCGAUGCCGAGCAGAUCGAUUGGGCUUAUGGACCGGUGGUGCAGAGUGGAGGAGCCUAUGAUCUGAAAUUGACGGCGACCUCCGACGGCAACAACCUGAAGCCGGGCAUCAUCCUGUCUAGCUUUGGAAUCCGCUACAAAACCUACAACUCACUCAUCGGCCGUACCUACCUGGUGGAUCCCAGCAAGUCUCAGGAAGCUAACUAUGCGUUCCUGCUCAACCUUCACGAUGCAGUGAUGAAAGAGAUUCGCGAUGGUGUGGUGGCUAAGGACCUCUACAACAAAGCACUCAGUCUCGUCCGCUCGAAGAAGCCCGAGCUUGAGAACCACCUGACUAAGAACAUCGGUGCCGGUAUCGGUAUUGAGCUCCGCGAUGCGAACAUGAUCCUUAAUGCCAAGAACAACCGAGUUUUGAAGAAUGGCAUGACUCUGGCAAUUACCAUCGGUCUGACAGAUGUCAAGGAUACUGACUCCAAGUCGAAGGGAAGUGACGUUUAUUCCAUGGUGAUCACAGACACCGUUCGCGUUGGAGAAAGUGGGCCUCACAUUUUCACCAAAGAUGCCGGGAUCGACAUGGACUCCGUCUCUUUCUACUUUGGAGAUGAAGAAGAGCCCGAAAAGCCCGUGAAGGAGAAGAAGGAAUCGAAGUCAAGUGCUAUUGCAAGCCGAAAUGUCACGCGAACUAAACUGCGUGCCGAGCGGCCAACCCAGAUCAACGAGGGUGCCGAAGCCCGCCGUCGUGAGCACCAGAAAGAGCUUGCUGGAAAGAAGACAAAGGAGGGUUUGGACAGGUUUGCAGGCACCACAGGAGAUGACAACGGUGUCGCCCAAAAGAAGUUCAAGCGGUUCGAGUCCUACAAGCGCGAUAACCAGCUUCCACCCAAGGUCAAGGACUUGACCAUCUACGUUGAUCACAAGGCCGCGACGGUUAUUGUUCCCAUCAUGGGUCGGCCAGUACCUUUCCACAUCAACACCAUCAAGAAUGCAAGCAAAAGCGACGAGGGCGAGUAUGCGUAUUUGCGCAUCAACUUCCUCUCUCCUGGCCAGGGAGUGGGCCGGAAGGACGAUCAGCCAUUCGAAGACCCAUCUGCUCACUUUGUCCGCAACUUGACCCUGCGCUCUAAGAACAAUGAUAGACUGGCACAGGUGGCACAGGAUAUCACUGAGCUUCGCAAGACUGCUUUGAGACGGGAGCAAGAAAAGAAGGAAUUGGAGGACGUUGUUGAACAGGACAAGCUCGUUGAAAUCAGAAACCGACGCCCUGUGAAGUUGCCCGACGUGUACCUGCGACCUCCUCUUGAUGGAAAGCGUGUGCCUGGUGAAGUGGAGAUCCACCAGAAUGGUCUUCGCUACCUAUCGCCUUUCCGCAGCGAGCAUGUCGACGUGCUUUUCAGCAACGUCAAGCACCUGUUCUUCCAACCCUGCGCACAUGAGUUAAUCGUUCUCAUUCACGUGCACCUCAAAACGCCGAUCAUGAUUGGAAAGAGGAAGACUCGUGAUGUCCAGUUCUACCGCGAGGCCACCGAAAUGCAGUUCGAUGAAACUGGCAACCGCCGCCGGAAGCACCGUUAUGGUGAUGAAGAGGAGUUCGAGGCUGAGCAGGAAGAACGGCGACGCCGAGCUGCCCUCGACCGUGAGUUCAAGGCAUUUGCCGAAAAGAUUGCAGAUGCUGGAAAGGACGAAGGUGUCGAUGUCGAUAUUCCCUUCCGAGAGAUUGGAUUCACUGGUGUUCCCAACCGUUCCAAUGUCUUGAUCCAGCCCACUACCGAUGCUCUUGUACAACUUACUGAGCCUCCAUUCAUGGUCAUUACGCUCAAUGAGAUUGAGAUCGCGCACUUGGAGAGAGUACAGUUUGGUCUCAAAAACUUCGAUCUUGUCUUUGUGUUCAAAGACUUCCAUCGGGCUCCUGUCCAUGUCAAUACCAUCCCCGUUGAGGCGCUGGAGGGCGUCAAGGAUUGGCUUGACUCCGUUGACAUUGCAUUCACUGAGGGUCCCCUGAAUCUGAACUGGACCACCAUCAUGAAGACGGUCGUGAGUGAUCCGUACGGCUUCUUCACCGACGGUGGUUGGUCUUUCCUGGCUGCCGAGUCGGACUCGGAGGGCUCUGAUGAGGAGGAAGAGUCGGCGUUCGAGCUCUCCGACUCGGAGUUGGCCGCUGAUGAAAGCUCCGAGGAGGACAGUGAGUACGACGAAGACGCUAGUGCUGACGGGAGCGAGGAGGACUUCAGUGGCGACGAGGAGAGUGGUGAGGAUUGGGAUGAGUUGGAGAAGAAAGCAAAGCGCCAGGACAAGGAGGCUCGAAUGGACGAGGAUGACCGUGGUACCAAGCGCAAGCGCUAAAAUUGAUUACUCGAUGUGACGGUGGUGAGCGGUUUUUCAUUUCUAAAAUCCAUUUCCAUGUAUCCUGGAUUUUUUGUACUUUGUUCCCUCAGGCCUCAAAUAAGCCUAUUCUUUAUUAUUUUUAGUGUCCUUUGAACAGCAUUCGUAGGAUUAGGACUAAUUGCAAGGAGUGCAGUUACCAUUCACAAAAUCAAGCCCGGAUUUGUAGUUGUAUCUAAAGAAAUUAAAUAACUAUUCAACCUUGACACAUUCUAUCUGUUGACUCAUGAUUGAAUCGUAACUUAUCACCUUUCGACGAGUUACUCCAAUUGCCAGGGGGGACUGUCGCCCGCUAUCCAGGGUAGGGUAUCACGUGUGAUCAGGACACAAGUCUAAUAUAGGGCCUUCUAGAUGAACGACGAAAUCAAACGAGACGAAUUCAAUUAGCUAUUUUCCCGCACGCAUCGUUGCCCACAUAUUUCGCAUACGGUCGUUUUGACCAGGCGUAAAACUUUCGUAGCAGACGUCAGAUGAGUAGUCCAUAAAAUCAUGGAUGGGGUCCAGCCCCGGCGAAUCCGGACACGAGUCCCUUCGAGCAGGGCAUCCAGCUGUUGGGGAGGACUGCAGGGGCGUAUCGGCGAUGUAAUCCCCUGGAUUAUCCUUGGAGCACGACUCUCCUUGGAAAGUAUGCAAAAGGCCAUUCCAGUGUCCGAUCUCAUGAAUCGCGGUUCCUCCUCGGUUAUAUUGGUCCAGUGAGCCUCCAGACAUCGCGCUGGCGAGAACGUUGCAACCAUCCUUGACGUAGUCGGCACGGGGACUGCUGGCGUUCACGCUUGGAUCGGGGAGGGUGCAAAAGCCCAGCACGCUGGUCGAGAGAUCACUCGAAUGAGCGGCACCACGGUGACUUGCACGUCCAGCUUGGUCAGGGGCGGCCUGAAGGUUGGUUUGGAAGUAAACGUUUAAAGUCCUGUAGGUCCCUUUCCGAAGUGUCGACUUCAUGCCCAGGUCAUCUCCAUUACGAGCCCAAACAUCAUUCACAUGGCG